GUCUGCCUCCUAACAAGAUCUGAAGCCAACGCACACGAGUAGCAUCUCUCAUUCGAGACUCUACGACGAUCUUAGGCCCAAUAUUAACGGGUCAUUAUUGUAGCGACUCUCGAUAGGUAUAGAGCUGGACCCUGUGCCAGAAACAUAUUGCUUGCCCAGAAUCCACGCGGUAUUCAGGAUGUCAGAACAGCAAUGGGUUCCAACUGUCGAUGACCUUAGGUGCAGGUGAAGAUGUGUUAUAUCUGCAGAGAGGAAGAACAUCAUGAUCGUGGGCACCUUUUCGACCAUCGUACCGCUUCACGUGUUCCCUCUGAACUUCGCUAUAGAGCCUGUGGAACCCCCUGUUGCAUGGGUGCAUCCAUGUAACUGCACUCUUGUGGCCCAUGAAUCUUGUCUGCUGAGCUGGAUCCAGUCCUCGCAGCAAGAUGCUUCACGAGCACCAAAUGCGCUGAAAUGUCCUCAAUGUGGUACCAUUUACGAACUGGAAAGCUACAAUCCGAGGACAUUGCGAUUCCUCAACAAACUUAAUUCUGUCGUGUCUAUGGCCGGGAAGGUGGUUACCGUCGCUGGAGUUUCAUGUGUCAUUGCAUCGUUUGGCUUUGGUGUGUACAUUAUCCUCACUUCAUAUGGUGCCUACGCAGUACAAGAAUUUCUUGGGAAAGAGUUCUUUGACUUGGUUCUCACUGAAGACCCCAGUAAUUGGCCAUGGCACGCUUUCAUAAACCUCCCACUUGUUCCCGUCUCCCUCAUUAUCUCACGAACACCGUUAUUCGAAGGGUUCCCACUUGUACCAUUAUUUCUGGCGUGGACGACGUCUCCUCCUGUUCAAACCACCGAACGUCUUAUGACCGCACGUUGGAGACGCGCGAUGACCUCAGGGGCGGACACACCUUGGGGUCCUCUAAUCAACUGGCCUCCUUCCCCAUUGAUGGUGACCUUCCUGUAUCCAUUCGUGACAAAGCUUUACCGCCGAUAUUUCAGGCGGUUCCAACAUUGGGUUAUGGGAACCGAACCCUCAACAGGCACUACUGUGCGCAGAUAUGUCUGGGCAUUGAACGAUGACCGCAACUUGCAGGUUCAGGUGGACGUGAACGCACUUCCUGCUCGUGAGGAAGGGCAACAGCAACAGGGGCGGCCACAAGGAAAUGAGGAACAACAGGAAGUGGAUCCUAACGGGGAAGAGCAAGAAGCAGAGUUACCGCAGGAUCCAGCCGCAGUCGCUGAACGAACUAUCCGUGUUACCUCUGCAUCUCUUGGUAGAUUCGUCGGCGGGGCACUCUUGAUACCGAAAAUAUCCAAUUGGAUGGGUGCCAUCCUCUUCCGAUUAUCCAAGUAUUCGCCACUACUGCGAAGAUUCCUCGCCAUCCGUCCUCCGCGGACGGGCGCCCCAGAAGUUUUUGGGAAGUGGUUUGAUUCUCAACCUUGGUCACAGAUGAGUGUUGCACGCCAAUUAGGCGUGGGUGUUCACAUGGCCUUGAGUGUAGUUGGUGGGGGGACGAAGACUUUCGCAGAGUGCGAUCCUGUGUGGUGGCGGAAUUCGGUUGGCUUAGGCAUCUUCGUUCUUGCCAAGGACUGCGUUAACCUACUUCAUCUUUAUCUGACCAAACGCGAAAUCGAGACUCGUCGGGUCAAGAGUCGUUCCUUCGAAGGUGUCGACAUCAAGGAGCUUGAUUUGCUCAAUCCUCCUCAGAAUCCAGCCGCGCUACCACUUCCUACUGUGGCAUGAUUUCUGUAUUAUAGCUAGAACUCGCAUCGCUAUCGUUACACGUCUGUUUCUUGUAUCUAUCCCGAUCGCCCCCGCUAUUUGAUUACUCACCAUUCAGUAUUCAAAAUGUUUACAACUUUUCGUG